ACCAAUUUGAUUUUCUUAGAUAUGAAACCUCUAACACGAUCUCAACUUCAAUCCUCAAACCUAUGUCAGAAUGUUGGUUGCAGAAUAUUGUUAGUUUUGAUUAUUAUUGUAGUUUCCUUAGACUUUACUAAGUCACGUGCGCUUGUUAAAUCGCUACCCGGGUUUAAUGAUGAUCUUCCUUUCACACUUGAGACUGGCUACAUUGGGGUAGGAGAGUACAAUGCAGUGCAACUAUUUUACUACUUUGUUGAGUCUGAAGCUAAUCCAAAAAGAGACCCGCUCAUGAUAUGGCUCACAGGAGGGCCCGGUUCCUCUGUUCUAUCCGCCAUUAUAUACGAAAUAGGCCCAUUCACUUUCAACUAUAAAAAUUCCACAAUGGAGAAGCAGACACUCGAGAUAAACCCUUAUAGUUGGACAAAGGCGGCCAACAUAAUAUUUCUUGAUCAACCUGCCGGUGCUGGAUUUUCCUAUGCAAAAACUCCCGACGCUUACAUAACGAAUGAUACGUUUGCAACAAUGCAUGCUUACCAGUUUAUAAGGAAGUGGUUUGUGGAUCAUCCUACAUUUCAGAACAAUCAAUUCUAUGUUGGUGCUGAUUCUUACGCAGGCAUAAUUGCGCCAAUGAUUGUACAUGAAAUAUAUAACGUUUUAAAUGGAGAUGAGCAUCUAAUCCGGGUACUCUCAUUCGAAAUAAUAAGUGCCAAUUUCAAAACUGAAAUCGAAACCGAUGGGUAUGUGCUUGGUAAUCCUGGAACAGAUACACUUGGUGAAAUCAAUUCAAGAGUCCAAUAUGCCCAUCAUAUGGCACUCUUAUCAGAUGCACUCUACAAGAGAACUAAAAAAGAUUGCCAUGGAGAGUACCUAAAUAUAGAUCCCAACAACACUCCCUGCAUAAAUGAUCUUCAAGAUUUCCAUAAGUGUAUUGACAAUAUAUCAACCGCCCAUAUUUUGGAGCCUAUAUGUGACCCUUCGAUUUAUGAUCUCUUCAGGAGCUUUAAAUCUAUAGAGAAAGCCUCUCUGAAUUUUUGGUCAUUACAUCAAGUUCAGAAAUCAUGGUGUCGUGACUGCAACUAUUUACUUAUCGAACCAUGGGCUAAUAGCAAAGAGGUGCGAGAGGCUCUUCACAUUCGUAAGGAAUUUGACGAUAUCGAGUGGGUUUUAUGGAAUGUAAGCUUGAUCUUUUUUAUAGACCAAAAACCUAUAUCGUACACACACAAUGUGAUGAAUAACAUAGCCUAUCAUCAGCGCCUUGUCCAUAAAAAAUGUCGAGCUCUUGUAUAUAGUGGAGACCACGACACAACUGUUCCAUAUUUGAGUACAUUGAAUUGGAUUAAAUCACUAAAUUUAUCAAUCAUAGACGGAUGGCGACCUUGGUUUGUGGAAGAACAAAUAGUCGGAUACACCGUGAAAUAUUCAAACCACCGAUACAACUUAGUAUUUUCCACUAUAAAGGGAGCAGGUCAUACAGCUCCGGAGUACAAACCUAAAGAAAGUUUAAACAUGUUUACGAAGUGGCUUUCUAAUGAGGUUCUCUAAGUAACAAUCGCAAAGUUUGAUGUUUGUUUCUUAUGUUGCAUAUAUCAUUCGUAUGCUUGUACUUCCAAUAAGUUUAUUACAAUUACAAACCUAAAGAAAGUUUAAACAUGUUUACAAAGUGGCUUUCUAAUGAGGUUCUCUAAGUAACAAUCGCAAAGUUUGAUGUCUGUUUCUUAUGUUGAAUAUAUCAUUCGUAUGUUUGCACU